UUAGCCACUAUGGUCCCUCAUUUCAGCCACUAUGUGUAGCAACUAUUAGUGUUGUUUCACUUGUGGAACUAACAAAUUAAGACCAUGGCAGCUUCUUCUCCAAUGGCGAGCCAACUCAAGUCCACCUUCACUAGGCCUCUGGUCACACCUAAGGGUCUCUCUGGCUCUUCUCCACUUCACCUCUUACCUUCUAAAAGACAAUUUAGCUUCACUGUUAAGGCCAUCCAAUCUGAGAAGCCAACCUAUCAAGUGAUUCAGCCAAUCAAUGGUGACCCAUUCAUUGGAAGCCUUGAAACUCCAGUUACAUCAAGCCCCUUGAUAGCAUGGUACCUGUCCAACCUGCCAGCAUAUAGAACUGCAGUGAGCCCAUUAUUGAGGGGGAUUGAGGUGGGUUUGGCCCACGGGUUCCUGCUUGUGGGCCCAUUUGUGAAGGCCGGGCCUCUGAGGAACACACCUUAUGCUGGAGGUGCUGGCUCUCUGGCAGCUGGUGGGCUUGUGGUGAUUCUCAGCAUGUGCCUUACAAUCUAUGGGAUUUCAUCCUUCAAUGAAGGGGCACCAUCCACUGCACCAUCCCUUACUUUGACGGGCCGCAAGAAGGAGCCUGAUCAGCUUCAAACAGCUGAAGGUUGGGCCAAGUUCACUGGUGGGUUCUUCUUUGGAGGCAUUUCUGGUGUUACUUGGGCUUACUUCCUUCUUUAUGUGUUGGACCUUCCAUACUACUUCAAGUGAACAACUUUCUUUCUUUCUUUCUAUUACUCAUUCUCAAUGAAUGCUUAUGCUUAUGUGUGCUAUUGAGAUUGAUGUACAUUUUGUGUUUUAUGACUCUCACUUUGUUACAAUGUUAAAUCCUCUCUCAUGUUUGGAUCAUCUUUUAAUAGAAUUAGUGAAUUACAAAUUAAUA